AUGCCUCGAGCCCGCUGCAAGAGAAAAUGCGUCGUUGUGGCCACGAGCAGAGCACCCAAAAGGAACCGCACCGAUCCGCAAUAUCCACCAAUUGUUGGAGAGGUCCUAAAGAUCAACGACCACGAGAACCACGAAGAAGUUGUUGAAGAGAGAGACGGAGCUGAAUUGGCAGCAGAAGAGAUUCGAGCCGUCUGCGAAGCGCUCAUCAGGCAAACGUUCAGCGCUAUUGGGAUGGACGUUGACUCGUACCUCGCCUGUUUCAAUGCAUGCGUCGAGAAAGCCAUCAGCAAUGCCAUGGUCUACGCCACAGCAUGGUCUAAAUGGGGUGGUUACAGAGACCUUCUUUGCAAGAUGGCUUACGUCGCCGAUCUCUGCCAGACAACCGGGAAGCUUCAUUGUCCAACUGCGCCAGCGAUAGUCAUGGCAUAUACUCUCCUCCGAAUCUGCAAGGUUACGACAAGAGCAGCAGGCGGGUUGCCUCGCGUGAUGGAGAUUUGCAAGACGCUUGAAUGUGCAGCGCCGGCCAUUCGACACUACGAAGACCAUCCAGAUGUCAUCUUGAGGCUGCCCGAUUCCUUUGAGCCGCCGGAAGAAUGGCCUGCAAUGGUUUACAACAAUGUUACGGAACAAGGAGGCCAAGUUGCAAAAGUGGACACGGGCUGUCUUGACAUUGACAAGAAACAUCGCGGUCAGUUACUGUUGAAGCUGAAGGACUUGGAGGCAUCCGACGCCGUGGACAGUGAUCAAACGUACAAGGUCGAAGUCUCCCGCACGGUUACAAGACAGGAAGCACAGCAAGUGCUUCAAAGCAUCAUCGAGCCUCUUAGAGAACUUGAAACGCCUGAAAGUUCCCUUUUCGACCAUCUCACGCUCCCACGCCUCAAGGUACUUCCAGUUGGCGACAAAAGGUUGAUCCUUUGGUGGAUAAAGGACAUCAAGCCUGAGAUAUUUGCGGAAUGGAGAAAAGAGACUGAACAAGACAUUGAGCAAUACCAAUGGACUGAGACGGUCAAGGGAAAGUUACCGGAGACGUGGGCCGACCAUCCAGCGGAUACAGUCUUCAAGCGAAUUGAAGAGCGGGCCAAGACAGACCCAGACCCUUCCAACAUCAAAGACUUGGUACUUUUGAAAGAAAUCUUCAAGGAUCAAGAGAGACAGGGGAUGGACCCAGCCUUCUGCCAAAAGAUGACCCAGUGGAUGCUGAGAAGGGAGCACAAGGCGGACGAGCAAGCGGCGACCAUUGCCAAACUACACAAGAAGCUGGACUUGGUGGAUGAACAGGCGGCUGAACAGGCGGCAGCCAGUGCCAAAGUGCUCAAGAGGCUGGACUUGGUCUUGGCCAAGCUGGGCGAGACGUCCGAACCGAUGACGGAAGACGCGGAGUCCCUCUUGGGCGAUAGUCUGGUGGACUUUACCGAUGCAAAGAGUCCCUUGUUUAUCAAUGAGUAA